CGCGCCUCCCCUGGUCAUUUGUCGACAGAGGAGUGCUGCUAAGAGGAAAAAGCCUGGAGAAGAGUGAACGAACAUUUUCUUCAGCCCUUUUUAAUUUAUCAAUUCAUCCCCCCUGAGUUGGAAUAAACUCGUCAAGAGGACAGUGGGAAGAGAGGGAAGCAGCCAUGUCUGGCACAUAUAAUGACUCCUUGACCGAUGUCUCCAGUGACAGCUUUUGGGAGGUGGGAAACUACAAACGUACAGUGCGGCGUGUUGACGAUGGCAACCGGCUGUGCAAUGACCUGAUGAACUGCCUCCAUGAGCGGGCGCGCAUCGAGAAGGCCUACGCACAGCAGCUGACCGAGUGGUCCAAGCGGUGGAGACAGCUGAUCGAUAAAGGGCCGCAAUACGGAACGCUGGAGCAGGCGUGGGUGGCCCUGAUGACGGAGGCGGAGAAGGUGAGCGACCUGCACAUGGACGUCAAGUCGGCGCUGAUGGGCGAGGACUUUGAGAAGGUGAAGAACUGGCAGAAGGACGCCUACCACAAGCAGAUGAUCGGCGGCUUCAAGGAGACCAAGGAGGCCGAGGACGGGUUCCGCAAGGCCCAGAAACCCUGGUCCAAGAAACUCAAGGAGGUGGACACGAUGAAGAAGGCGUACCAUGCGGCCUGCAAGGAGGAGAAGCUGGCCACCAGCCGGGAGAACAACAGCAAGCUGGAGAGCAACUCCAACCCCGACGCCACCAAGAAGCUCCAGGAGAAGGUGGACAAGUGUCAGCAAGAGGUUCAGAAGACUAAGGAGCGUUAUGAGAAGUCCCUGGAGGAGCUGGACAAGGUGACGCCUCAGUACAUGGAGAACAUGGAGCAGGUGUUUGAGCAGUGGCAGCAGUUUGAGGAGAAGCGCAUCAGCUUCUUCAAGGAGCUGCUGCUCGAGGUCAAGGAGCACCUGGACCUCUCCAGCAACCACAAAUUCCAGACGGUCUACCACACACUGGAGGACACGGUCAAGUCGGCCGAUGCGGAGGAAGACCUCAAGUGGUUCCGCAACAACAGCGGGCCGGGCAUGCACAUGAACUGGCCCCAGUUCGAGUCCUGGAGAGGUCUUGGCGCUAACUCGGGUUCGGUCCUGACUUUCGGGCCUGCGUUUCUGAAGGAGUGGUCCGUAGACAUGAACCGCACGCUGACUCGCAGAGACAGGAAAAAGCCGGGUGAUGGUGUGAUGCUCACGGGUAUCAGCCAAACAGGAGACCAGCCAGCCAAGAGCAGCAGCAGCCUCGCUGUGCCUCGUAGCACAGAGCCUGUGGGCUCGAAUCCAUUUGAUGAUGACGAGGAUGAGGAAGAGUCGCCCCAGGAACAACCCAACAGCAGCCCGACAGUCACGGUCAAAAAAGACCAAGUUGCCACCAAAACCGCUAGCAGCGUAGAUAAGACCCAGGACUGGUCGGACGAGGAGACGGGGAAUCCCUUCGCCGGGGACGCCACCGACGCCGCCGCCGAUGCCAACGGCAACGGCAACCCGUUCGAGGACGAGCCUGCGUCUCCGGUCGUCUCGGUGCCGGUGAAGGCGCUCUACGACUACGAGGGCCAGGAGCAGGACGAGCUGAGCUUCAAAGCAGGGGAGGAGUUCAUUAAGAUUGGGGAGGAAGAUGACCAGGGGUGGUGCAGAGGGCGUCUGAAGAGCGGCACUGUGGGUCUCUACCCGGCCAACUACGUGGAGGACAUCCAAUAGUGAGGCAGACGCAAAGGAUGAAGGAGAGGAAAGAGGGAAAAGGAAGGAAAGAGAGAGAAAGAGAGAGAAGGUGCCUCUCAUGCAGCGUUUAUACGACCUCCCUCGCUCCUCUGGGCCUCGAUCCUCACUGAUCUACAUAAAGGAAUGAUGGGGCGGCAACAAUGGGAUAGUCUAGCGGCCCUUCUUCUAUCUUUCUUUAUGUAGAUCAGUGAGGAUCGAGGCCUGAGGAGCGAGGGAGGACGUAUAAACGCUGCAUGAGAGGCACCCAGAGAGAGUAUCGUUUGUGUAAAAAUUGAAGGAGUUAGGAGUCCAAUACAAAUCUGAGGACUGCUCACUAUUGCCCCCACCUGGUGGGAUGUGGACUGAAUAUGCUGCAUUGGAAAGCAGGGAGACGCCAAAUUAUACACGGUCAUCUCUGGUGUGGUUGCCUACCGGUAGUCUCUUAUCAUACAUCACCAGGUAUCCUUACUUACAAACAACUCACAAACUCAAGUCAACAAAUAUCAACAAAAUGACAGAUCAUCACCAAAACUUCAACUAAAGCCAUUUGAGGAAAAAAAAUGCUGAAAAUUACUCACUGAAUCCACUUGUCGUCACUGUCCAGCAAUAUACUAAACAAGCGUCAUCAUCAGCCCUCUACAAGUUAACUGUCUUACUCGCUGUGUCAUAGAAGAUGCUGGACAAAAAUUGAGCCAAUAGAAUUAGCCAUGCAUGCCUUUGACAAAUUCAAGCCUUGUACAUUUCAGAUUUUAUUAUAUUAUUUUUCAGAGUCUGUAUUUUAUCAUUCAUGCCUCCACUGACUUCCUUCAUGCUGAAAAUUCAGAAUUUUGGUUUUGUUGCAUAUCCAACCUGCCUUACACUGCUUAGGCCUUUUACAGUAUAUCUUGAAGUUGGGAGAAAGAUUCAUCGAGGAAAGGCUGAACUCAAAGUUUAAAAGUUAAACUUACAUAUUCCUUUCUGUACCUCAAAACAAUACACACCACUUUGUGGUAGGAUCAUUUGUCCAGUUUUAUGUUAAACAGCACUGGCCAAAACUCAUAAUCUAAGGAAAAUGCAUUUGGAUAUGGAAGAUAUUGUACAUUCUUAUUUAGUGGGAGUAAAUAGUCAACUCAGUGGUUAGAGCACAUUUUUUAUUUCUAUAUAUUACUUGUCAUUGAUUUCGUUCAGUUUUAACAGACCGCAGUUUUCAGAAAGUUGUAAAUGGGAAACUACUCAAACAAGAUCACAUUUUUAGCCUGGGGACAGGGCCAUGAUUGACACGAUCAAUUGAUUGUACUUUCUCACCUAUUGAUUGUAAUCUUUUGUCUGAUGGUAGGCCAGCAGGGAAAGGUUUGAGUCCUAUCCUGCGAGUCCGAUCAACUUAAUAGAACUGUUUUCAGAGAGCAUAUACACACACAUACACAUUGCGGGUUAUGGUUUUCUGGGUUGAUUUGAGCUAUAUAUUGCUGUUAUUUCUAAACUGUCUGAAUGUUCAUUGGGUUUGGUUGAAAAGACAGGCAUGGGUAGAAAAACAACCUUUUUUAUUAUUAUUAUUCACUUGAAGCAUCAACUUUAUCCAAGCCUGCACUGGACUUUGCCUACAAUUCUAUGGGAGAACACUCGCACUUGUGCCUCAUACAGUUAGUGUUAGCAAUAUGACACACCAGUGGCCGAGAUGAUUGGUCUUUGGCUACCAGUUGAUCCUAAACAGAAAGAUCUGAAGUCGUGUUGUGAUUGUAUUCUCCUUGCAUGUAAAUAGCAAAAGACCUUUAUGAACAAAAAAUUGCAUUGAAAAAAUAGAAAUAGAGACUUUUAGUUUGAAAUGGAAGACUGUUAAUUUAUCAGCUGCCUUUAAGAGCUGUCUCUGAUGGAUGAAUGCUGUGAUUUAUUUUCCCUUUUUUUGUCCUUAAAUCUGUCUGUAUAGUAAUUGAAUAUUUUAUUGCUGCGGUCAAAUGAAUUUGUUGUUUUGUAACAUUUGUAUAUAUGAUUUUGCUUGUUCUGUUCCUCAUUUUGUUUUUGCCUGAUAAACUUAUGAAGGUGAAGCAAAAUGACAAAAAUCUAUAUUGUUAGUCUGGGAGAAAUACACGAUACUUGGACUGCCUGACUAGUGUGAUUGGCCUCUAUAAAAGACCGCCUUAAUUGAUAUACAGAAAUAAAUAAAACUUAAUUUACCACA